GGGCCCAGACCCGGAAGGAGCAGACGCUUUGGCGCAGGGCGUGCGGAGGUCUCCGGGGCCGCGGAGAGUGGCCUGCGGCCUUGUUUUUCGGGGACGGAGGCUUAGGGCUGGACGGGCGUCGCUCUGAGGUUAGGAAGUCGCAGACCUCUCCCUGUACGCGGCACCGCUUACCCGCGCACCAUCCUCUUUGGGGCCGGACUCCUCGGCCCAGCCCAGACCCAACCCGUCGUCACCCCCGACAGCGGGGACUAGGGGGGCGCUGCAGCCACCUGCGGGGUUCUCCACCCAGGAUGACUUCUAGAUCAGAGACUGUAGAAGAUACUUAGCUGUGAUGGGAUUGAUUCUGUAUUUUGACUUUUUUAUAACAAGUGCUAGAAGAGGAACCAGUGGCAUCUAAGACUCAUGAUCAUCAAUUGGAAUCAGAUCCCAACCCUGCGGAAGCGUGUGGUAAUUCGUCCACCUCCCUGGAGAUGACUGAAGACGUUUCAAAGAAACAGAUUCACCUUGGCUCUAGCCCUAAAAAGGGGGAAAGUUGUGAUCCCAGCCACCAGGAAGGACUUCAAUCCAGGUCCCUUUAUUUGUCCCCCAAAGAACAGUGUGCCCGUCAUCAAGACAGGAGGCAAUCCUGGCGGCGAGCAAGUAUGAAAGAAACGAACCGGCGGAAGUCACUGCCUCCCUUUCAUCAGGGCAUCACAGAGCUCUGCAGAUCCAUCAGUGUCAACAUAGCAGAAAGCAAACGGCUGGGCUGUCUCCUGCUUUCCAGUUUCCAGUUCUCUGUUCAGAAACUUGAACCUUUCCUAAGGGGCACUGAGGGCUUCAGUCUUGAAAAUUUUAGAGCCAAAGCAUCUUCUCUUUCUGAAGAAUUGAAACAUUUUGCAGACAGACUGGAAAGUGAUGGAACUCUACAAAAAUGUUUUGAAGAUUCAGAAGGAAGAGCACCAGAUUUGUCUCUGGAAACAUCAGUGGCUGAGAUGAAGGAAUAUAUAACAAAGUUUUCUUUAGAACGUCAGAGUUGGGAUCAGCUCUUGCUGCGCUACCAGGUGGAGGCUGAAGAGAUCAUAUCCAGAGGAUCAACUGAAACCAAAAAUACUGAAGUUGAAGUGGAACCUACAGCAUAUCUUGGGUCUUCCCAGAGUGAAGUCCUUAAUACAAAGCCUGACUACCAGAAAAUAUUACAGAACCAGAAUAAAGUCUUUGAUUGUAUGGAGUUGGUGAUGGACGAACUGCAAGGAUCCAUGAAGCAGCUGCACGCCUUUAUGGAGGAAAGUACCCAGUGCCUCCAGAAGGUGUCAGUACAGCUCGGGAAGAGAAGCACGCAACAAUUAGAUCCUUCACCAGCUCGAAAACUGCUCAAGCUUCAGCUGCGGAAGCAACCUAGCACACGUUGCUCUAAAUCUUGUCAGUGACCUUAUGCAGCUUUUCUGCCACAGGACGCUCCAGAGGAGAGAAACAGGAAGAGUGCCCCAGUGCACGGCAACUGCACAACGGGCUAAGCUGUGACAUCUGCCGUUGCCUUUGAAGAUAACUGGCUGACUAUAAAGCACUUCGAUUUUUUUCUUAAAAUGAUGGAAUUUAUGCAUCUGAAAGAAUGUCAUAUAGAAACUUUUUCCACGAAUGUGCAAAAUGCUUGAGACUUCUGCUUUGGAAUGACCUUCAGAACUAGUGGCCCAUUCUUUUAAACGUCCUUUGUGAUCAGAAACCUUCCUCUUGUGAAGAUGUUUUUCAGGUUUUGAAACAACGCGAAGUCAUUCAGGGCCGAAUCCAACAAACAUUUUAGGGGUCGUUCUGGUUGUAAAGGGAAUGAGACUGAUGCCUAGUGUGGCUUCGAAGGUGAUUUUAGGUAGAGGAGUUGUGAGCAUUGCUAGCAUCGUGUGGAUACAUAAAUCACAUCACAACAUGUCCAGAUUGAAGGAGGUUCCACGCAUUCUCUGUAUCCUGAUGUCUGUAGUGUGCUUUAGCUUUUAAUAUUGAGUCGACAUCCUAAAUCCUGGAUUCAUGGCAAGAAGGGGUUAAGUACCCCUUUUCAUCGUUCUCCGUAUUUGUUAAUAAUCUGCAGUAUAAGAUUGCGCAUACUUAAAAGCUUUCCCUUGUCUCUGUGUAUAUUUUGAGUGUAUAAAAAAAUGAAAAGGCAGGGAAGGCUCAGCAGAAAAUAGGAUUCUUUGCCAGGAUCUGGAAGUGAACCGUAGUGUGGAGAUACGCCUCAGCAUUAACUACCAGUAAAACACCAGCUAAUUUAUUGUUAGUGUCUCUUAUUCUCUGAUCCUCCUAUUAGGACAAAAUCCAUUUCACGUAAAUACCCAGUCAUUAUCCUAAGCCUUAAGACUUCAACUAAGCACCAGUUAGUGAGAGGUGAUAUCUCCUUGCUUUGACCUACAUUCCUUAUUCUUUCAUAGAUUUGCAGAGCCCCUGCUGUAUGCCACACACAGUUGCAGGAACUGGGAAGAGAGCAAAGAACAAAAACAGACCUGGGACCUCCUUUCAUGAUGCUCACAGUCUAGUGGGGACAAGGGAACAAGAAGACACGGAACAAGAAGAGAGCCCUUUUCCACAGAAGUGAUGUUUUAGUUAACUUGGGAAGGAGAAAGGAGUUAAAUAGGGCAGUUAUUUGAGGGAAAAGGAGCAGCAUUUACAAAGGUCUGAGGGGAGAGAGAAAAGUGUAAGAGCCACGUGAGACAAAGAUAAUCGAAAGUCAUUGGAAGGUUUUGAGAGAGAGAGAGAAAGGGUCAGAGCUUUAUUUUUAAAAGAUCAGGGACUUCCCUGGUGGUCCAGUGGUUAAGACUCUGCACUUCCACUGCAGGGGGCGUGGGUUCAGUCCCUGGUCAGGGAAUUAAGAUUUUGCAUGCCAAACGGCAGCAGCCAAAAAAAAUCACUCCAGUUGCUGUUUGGAGAACAGACAGAAGCAAGUAUGUGUGGGUGUGAGAGACCAGUUGGGCUAUUGUAGUCAUCAGGUGGGGAAUGACAACCUGUGCUGGGAGUUGGCAAUGGAUGAGUGGGGAGUCGUCCACAGUGUCUGGAACAUAGCAGGCAUGUCACCUACGUGUUACAAACGCCUAACUGCCACGUAUUAACUGACUGAGAAAAAGUUAUUUAACCUCUUAUUUGUAAGACUGGGGGAAUGAUAGAAUCUAUAUCACAGGGAUGCUAUAAGGGUUAGAUUAAAUAAUGUAAGUUUAGAACAGUGGUAUGAAUAUGAUGGAGGGGGUGGGUAAUAGAGCAGAUAAUGAGAUGGGAAAGCUUGCAGUUCAGUUUGGGAUGCCAAACAUGUCACCUAGAACUGUUGGAUAUACAGGUGGAAAACUGAGUAGGAAAACCUGGACUAGAAAUAAAAUUUGGAAGUUACUGAUACCCAGUUAUUAAAGCCUUAAGAGUAGAUAAUACUGUCCAGAGUAGAGCAAGAAGGGAAACUGGACAGACCCGAGGAAAGCUUUUAAGAAUCAGAGGAGUGGUGUGAAUUGCCUACUCUCAGAAGCAGAAUAGUAUAGUGGAAAGAGUGUAGAAUUUGGAGUGAAUCUUCAUCCUUAUCCUCAAUUUCCUUUCUGCGAAAUGGGGAGAGAUCACCUCUCUCCAAAGGUGAUUGUACCUCCCCAGCCCCAUUUUAUCUACUGCAUUGUAUUACAUCUUUUGUUGAUAAGAAUUUGUUUAAGCCCAAGGAUAGGAAGUAUGUUUUUGUGUCUUCAACAGCUAUGCAAGAUAGAGCACAGAAAAAGAAUAUUUAAUAAGCUCUGAGUAUUCUAUACACAUAUAGACCACAACUUUAUAAGAUAACUUCUAUUUCUGUCAUUAUAGAUGAGGAACUCA